GUGCUUCAUCCCAAGAAUAGGUCGCGGUCUUAGCCUGGUCACCUGCCUUGUGGCGGACUUGUAAUCCACAACCGGUAAAGCAGGAGCAGCAUUUGUCCAUAUGGCAUCUCUAGAUCCAGCAGCUCUUGAAAGAGAGCUAGCGCAACUGCGCAAGCAGCGUUAUGAGGCCAGCCAACGCGUCCGCGCCUCGCGCCAGGCUCCAAUGGGACCUGGGAUGCAGUCGCGUGGCAUGGACCCGGCGGGAUCACGUCCGGGUGAGCGGCGUUUUGGCGCCGGGCCGCCGUCGGCCCGGGGCGAGGGACCUCGCGGGGGGCCCUUCCGCGACGGGCCCCUAGCGGGGCGUCUUGGGCCGGGCCCUGCCUCACGAGGUGCGCCUGACGCGGGUCCAGCUCGCGGCGGGCGCUUUGACGGCCCGGCCCGCGAUGGCGACCGCUUCGGUGACCGCUUUGGCGGCCCUUCAGCGCGGGGGGCGCGGGAGCCGUUCGGGCGUGACCGGGACAGGGAUGCCGACCGUGAGCGGGACCGGGAUGGGCGCGACGCCAAGGCGGCGGCACCUGCGCGGCGGCGGCUGGUGCUGUCCUCCGUGGUCGUGGGCAACGGCGCCGGCGCUGCGCCGCGGGAGGGCGAGGAGGACCGGGACCGGGAGGGCGAGGAGCGCGUGCGCGAGGACGCCGAGGAGGGCCAAGGCGGCGACCGGGUGCACGUCCGCCACACCCGGGAUCACGAGGAGGUCAGUGCUGCGGCUGCGGCAAAUGAGGAUGACAGUGUGGACCGCAAGGCGGCCGCCGCUGCAGGCGGCCGGUGGGGCCCCGCCAUGAGCGCCGCUGCCGGCGCGGGCGAGGAGGCGGGCGGCCGUGGCACCAAGCGGCCGGCGCCGGGGGCCCCGGGCGUCGCGGCUGAGGACCCUGACAGCCGCAAGCGGGCUCGGCGGCUGCUGGGGCGCGCGCUGCUGGGCACACUGCAGAAGUUCCGGCAGGAGGACGCGCAGUUCCAGAAGUCUGAGACCGCUACGCGCCGCGCUGAGCUGGCUCGCAAGGCGGAGGAGAAGGCGGCAGCGGAGAGCGAGCGGCUGCGCAGGGCGGCGGCGGAGGACCGGGCUCGCAAGCGGCAGGAGGAGCUGGACUCACUGCUGGACCUCAACCUGGCCACUGACAUCAAGGUGCUCGAGCUCAUGUACGCAAAGAAGUUGGCACGCCACCGCGCCAUGUCAGGCUUCCUGCGUGCCGGUGUGCACGCCGGGGGCGCGGCGGCUGCGGCUGCGGCUACAGAGCUGGGGGCGGCCGGCAAGGCCGGCGGCAAGGCGCAGCCGGCGGACGAGGAGGAAGAGGAGGGCGCUGCGGGGGUGGCGGCGGAGCCGGCCGCUGAUAAAAUGGAGGUGGAUGGAGCGGUGGCUAUGGCGGUGGUGAAGGAAGGCAAGGGCGCUGCGGGGCCGCGGCGGCCGUCUGAUGUGUACUGGCGCCCGGCGCGACACAACGCGGCGACAUUGGCGCUUAAGGAGCAGCAGGAGCAGCAGCUGAAGGAGUGGGAGGCCUCGGUGCUCCGGGAGCUGGAGGCGGAGAGGGUGGGACUGCGCCAGCGGGCGGAGGCGCGGCGGGCCAGUCUGGUGGAGCGGCGGCAGCAGCGGGCGGCGGCGGCGCACGAGGGCCGGGAGGGCGGUGCGGCCGUUGCGGGCGCGGAGGAGGAGGCCGAGGACCAUGAAGUGCUUCAGGCCGUGGAGUUGGACAUGCAGCACGAGGAGGGCGAGGCCGAGCCGGGGCCGCAGGCAACAGAGGCGGAGGCGGCGGGACCUCCGGCGGCGGCCGCUGCGGGCGAUUCCGGCAAGGCCAGCGGUAGCGGCAAGGCGGCCGACCAGGCGCGGGGGCGCCGCGAGAGCGGGGAGCACGAAGAGGAGGGCGAGCACACAGUGGCAAUGGCUGAGGCCGAGGCCGCCGCAGCCGCCGCAGAGGCGGAGGCAGCUAUGAAGGAGGAGGAAGCAGCAGCUGCGGCUGAAAUUUUGGCCGGGGACGAGGAGUGAUUCACGGGCUUGUGCCGGCUUGUACACGCGCAACGCCACGUCUAGGCGCGUUAAGCCUGUACUGGUCAGGGGCUUCGUGAUAGGCAGUCCUGGCCAACGGAUGAGGGGCGGGGCACGGGCACGGCAGUAGGUUUGCCAGGCCGCCGCCUGCGUGUGAUGGCAAGCAGGAGUUGCAGGAGAGUAGUUAUGUUUGGUAUGAGUAUGCUACUGCAACAUCAUGCGUGAAAUGACCUUAGAAGGACGAGUGCAGGAUGGGACGUGGCGGGUGGCCUGGAGCCGCGACCCCAUGACAUGACGGGUGAAUUCGGUUAGGGGGCGUGUCUGUUGCAGGCCAUUCUGUAAUUACAAUUCCUU